AUGAAAAAAGACGCCAAGGUGAAGCUUUGUAACAUUUCUGGCUCUACAGGAACGGCCAAAAAAAAAAAACUUGAAUGUGUAAAAGAACUGGGAUUUCAAGCCUUAACUCCAAUAGCAGAAUAUUAUCUUCCGGAAAAAACGGCCGAAAUGCCUAUUUAUAUUGAAAAUAACCUUAGACAGAUGAUGUUUUUCAGCCUUUAA